GAUGACAGCAAAUUAUAAAAAUUUCAUUCAUUGGCAGACGAAUGAAAGCUAAGGAAUUAUUGGCAUCGUCAUACAAAUAAUCAUUAAAGAAUGAACUGCAUGGACAUAGUUGUGAUGCGUGAAAUUUGAAGAAUGAAGGAAGAAGACGAUGAAGCUGAGUUGUGAGCUUUCGUGUUUGUGGUUGGCUUAUGGAACACUCUUCAACUUGCUUUUUUGCUACACUUUUAUUUGAUGGAUUGAAUGCUUUGCCCUUUGAGGUUGGAAUGGAGGCAGAGGGUUUUGCCAUCUAUGAUGCAAUGAGACAGUUAGAAAAUGAGGCUUGUCUGCUACUUGCGGUUGAGACCAAGGGUAAACGGUUCAUGAUGCCACAUACCAAAGCCAUGAUCCAACAGCCUAAGGUCCCAUCAUCUGGGAUGAUGCCUGCGAGUGAUGUUCUUAUUUGUGCAAAAGAGGAAAAUGAACAGACUCGGCUUAAAUGGAAUACCAUCAGGUAUCAACUUCAUGUUCUGUAA